GCGCAGAUUGUGGACAAGCCACCUUUUUCUUUACAUCUUCUUAGGUUUUCCCCGGAAACUUCCAAAUCCGUAUCGGAGCAGAGCACAGAGGGCCAGCAAAUUCAAGAAAUUUGUUAAUACGAAGAAGUUGAACGGAGAAAUUUGGUUGCCUCCGUACUCCACAGUUGCUUUCUGCUGUUUCGUUCCACUUGUUUACGCAUGGCCGGUACUGGAAUCCACCCGUAUCACCAGCAAUGGCCUGCGGCGGCCGCUGCUCCUCCUCUGCCUCCACCACAAGCAGCCACCGCCGCUCCCCCUCCUAUUCCUCACCCUCAUCCUCCUCAGAUCCUCGUCGACAACCCCAGUCGUCAUGCCUCCGAUGAGGUUCGAACUAUAUUUAUAACAGGUCUUCCUGAAGAUGUAAAAGAGAGAGAGCUACAGAAUCUUCUCAGAUGGUUACCUGGUUACGAGGCCUCGCAAGUAAAUUUUAAAGGCGAAAAGCCUAUGGGUUUUGCUCUAUUCUCCAAUGGCCAGCUUGCUAUUGCCGCUAAAGAUGCCCUUCAGGAUAUGGUUUUUGAUGCGGAGUCUAAGUCAGUGUUGCACACGGAGAUGGCCAAGAAAAAUCUCUUUGUUAAACGAGGCAUUGUUGCUGAUGCAAAUGCUUAUGACCAAAGUAAACGUUUGAGAACUGGUGGUGACUAUGCCCACACCAGAUAUUCAAGCCCGUCGCCUUUUCAUGCACCUCCACCCCCUAUUUGGGGGCCUCAUGGGUAUAUGGCUCCACCUCCUCCUCCAUAUGAUCCGUAUGGAGGUUACCCGGUUCCUCCUGUACCUAUACCUGCUCCUGCACCUGUUCCAGCACCUAGCAGCUACGUGCCUGUUCAGAACACUAAAGAUAAUCCUCCUUGCAAUACCCUGUUUAUUGGUAAUCUGGGGGAAAAUGUAAAUGAAGAGGAACUCAGAGGUCUUUUAAGCGUACAAUCUGGAUUUAAGCAAAUGAAGAUUCUGAGGCAGGAAAGGCACACGGUCUGCUUCAUUGAGUUUGAAGACGUGAACACUGCCACCAAUGUGCAUCAUAAUUUGCAGGGUGCUGUUAUUCCUAGUUCUGGCUCUGUGGGCAUGAGAAUACAAUAUCCUUUUCUUUAUCAAAAUUUUCUAUUCGAUGCUAGUUAUAGAACGAUCUUACCUAUCCUAUUGGUACUUGUAAUUUGGAAGCUAUCUUUGCCUGGAAAUGCGAGUGUCAGAGUGAGCGAUUUAUCAAAUUUAAUGGUUUGACUUAUCUUACUCAUAGGUGAUGCCUUGAACAAAAUGGGUGCUUAUCAUGGAUAGUGGAUAGGCUUGUUUUACGUUUGAUCUCUGUUUUAUUUUCUAAUAGCACAGUGGAAAUGAUAAUGUUAGUGGAGCCUAGUACACGAGCCAGGUGAUGUUAAGGAAUAGUGUUUAUAUUUUCUUGAGUUUGGAUACAUGUAUUGUUUGCUGAAUGUGCUGCUGUGCAUCAUUACCAAUCAACCAUUCAUAUUAACUAUUAGUUUUUACUUCAGACAUUGAAAUGCAUUAUGUGAUUUCUUCAACUUGAUUAAUUGCCUAGGAAUUUGAACUAGAUGUUUGUUUUAUGAUUGAGGAUAGACGUUUCUUCUCUUGACUCAUGAAUACAUUUUCUAAGAACCCAUUUGGGAAACGGAAGGAUGCUACCUACCCUGUUUCUGCUGCUGGCGCCAACGGAACUCCACAAGCUAUGGCAUACCAAUAGC